AAAAAGUCAAAAUAGACAAGAAUAAAAAACUGCACUUUGAAUGUAUGUAUGUGUGUGUGUGUGUGUGUGUGUGAAUUAAGCUGCAUGUGAACUAACAGGAAACAACGAGCAAUUAAACUGACGACGACGCGUUGGUUGACGUUGACGUUGACGCAGAAGCAGACGCAGACGCAGACGCAGUACGCAGUCGCAGCUAGAACCAUGGAGCCCAAGACUGGCUAAUUAAGGUCGUCGUCGCUAGAUUUUGCAACGCACAAAUCGCACGCCAUUUUGUAGUAUGCUUCAGAAAUAUUACGAAACAUUCUAGAGAGGGGCGUACGGAACAAGGAACUACAACAACAACUAUACGACUACAAUACAACAAGUAACGAUAAGCAAAUACGAUCAGUAACUGCAGCAAGGAAGUCAAGCAACAAGCUAAAAACAGAAACGGAAACGGAAACGGAAAUCGAAAAUAAUCGAAAAAUUGAAGGACGAAGAUACCGCUAAUUAAAGAGAUUAAAAGAGCGAGAAGGAGCUAGUGUGAGUGUGAGUGUGAGUGAGAGCCAGCAAGCAAGUGACGCCCCAAAAAUGAGCAGCAUGAAGGGCGGCUUCUCCACACUAAAUCGCUGGUUUGGCCGCAAAAAAGACAAAUCUGGGGUCGCAUCGAAUGGAAAGCUAUCGAAAUCGACGACACAACUGCACCAUUUGUCCACAGAUCAGGGCAUGCACAUCAAUGAGGCUAGUCAGCUGGAUUACAAUCGGAUUACGCCGCUGCCGGCGGCAACCAGCAAUGCACCGUUCGAGCAGACGUUUCGCAUCACUGUGCUCCUGCCCAAGGAUCAGCUGUAUGUGACACGACUGGGCGCCCGUGUGCCACUCAGCAAACUGCUGUCCCUGGUCUGUGACAACAAACAAUUGGAUGCCGAUAAAUACGAGUUCCGCAAUCCGGUGGAUGCUAGUCAGGUGUACAGCUGCGAGUCGACAAUUGGAGCCGUGGGUCUGUCGGAGAUACGAUUGUGCCACAAGUCCGAGUCAUAUGAUAGCUUCAAUGCCGACGCAAUGCUCAAGUUUCAGCGCACGGUCGCCGCACGGGACUCGCUGAGCAGCAGCUCGGACUUCAGCAGCAGCCGGCACUCGCAAUCGAAGCUAACGGCCAAGACGCCCAGUCCGUACAGUUCGAGCAACUCGCUCAACUCGAUGGAUUCGACGGGCAUGAACUACACGCGGACACCGGUGGUGCCGCCGAAAGCGCUUGCUGUGGCCCCGCCGCCCCGCAAGAAGCGUGUCGCUCCGCGUCCACCCAACCAGCUGGUCAUCCCCGAACAAUCGGUGGCCCAGUAUCCAGCCACACAGACGCAGACCCAGGCACAGAGACAGACACAGACACAGACACAGAAUGCGGAGCCCGCAUAUGCGGUGAUUGUGAAACGUCCCCAGAUGUGCAUGUCGACGCCAAAUUUGGCCAGCACACCGGAGCUGGAAAUGGAAAUGGAAACGGAUAUGGAAAUGGAAUCGGAGUCGUUGCAUCAGCUGGACUGUAAUGGCAAUAGUGCCAAGACACCGGAUGCCACCGAUGGUGGACACUAUGCGACACUGGACCUCAAAUCACUACCGGAGCCGACGCCGCGCAAGCGUCUAGUGCAGCUUAAGAAGAAGACAGCCCCAGCCCCGCCACCCGAUGGAUUGGUCAUGGGUGGAGCAGGAGCUGCAGCAGCUGCUGAUACCAUAUCGCUGGCCUCAACAACGGCCUCCAUAACGGAUGUGUUGUCGUCACCGCAGCCGGCGCCCAGAAUAACCACACCAAUACCCGCACCCACAUCCACAUCCACAUCCGCAACAACAACAAAUACAACAACAGCAGCAGCCACUGCCACAACCAUAACCACAACCACAUCCAUGGAGGCACCACCGCCGCUGCCGGCAAGUGCAGCGCCCCAGCUGCUGAAUGGCAACCAGAAUGUGUCCAAGGUGCUGUUGAAUCGCACACCGACACCAGAGCCGCGCUCGCUGAGCAGCGUCAACGGCGAGGAGGAGGAUAACAAUGAUGCCGCCUCCAAGCAGGCCGAUUCUGGCAUUGGUGAGCCUCUGCCCUCCAGCACACCCUCACCGGAACCCGAACCCGAACACGAAACGGAAACGGAACUGGAACUGGAACUGGUGACAGCACAGAGAAAGGCCGCAUCCAAGUCUGUGUCCAGUUCGGAUGAUGAUGAGGAGGCCAUCAAGGUGUACAAUUUCAAGACAUCCAGUCAGAGCUCACACAAGCUGACAGCGACAACGCUCGCCGAGCUGCGUCAGCUGGAAGUGGAGAACGAGGAGAACGAGGAGGAGGAGCCACAAUCCCCAACAAAUGAUGCACCAAUGAUGGCAUCCACACCGGGCAGUGCCAGCGAACUGACAUCGCUCUCAUCGUGGAAUUAUGCUGGUGCCAUAUCGCCGCCGCCCGAUUUCUCCGAUGGCAUGCAAUGCGCCAAGAGCCAAGCUGGUUCGCCACUGGGCGAGAUUGUCGAUGAGCUGUCGUCCAUUAUACAGCAACAGCGCCUGGACACGCUUAUCCGCCAGGCGCCGGAACAACCGCAAAUCGAGGCAGCCAAACCGAAUCGAUUGGCCAACUUUAGCAUUGCGACAAUCAGUAAUGGACACGGCACUAAUGCCCCAACCAAAAGCAAGAACAGCUCCAGCUCUAGCUCCAGCUCCAGCUCGAUCAGCAGCAGCAGCAAUUGCUCACCAUCGAUACAACGCGCCGACUCCUUUCAGUCGCAGCCAAAGCGCCAAAACUUGAGCCUUCGUUUGCGCAGCUCCUCGCAGAUCUCGCUCAACAAGCUCGAUGGAAAUCUGCAGCAGCAGCAGCAACAGCAACAACAGCAGCAGCACCAGCAGCGCCGCUCUUCCAGUGAGCUAAGCAUCGCCGAAUCGCCAUCGCUGCAGAGCUUGGAACUGAUCAAGAAUAUAUUGAGCAACUCACGCAAGAACAGUCUCGCCGGCAGUCCGGAUUCACAGUCAGAGCAGCAACUGCUGCAGCAUCAUCAGAAACCAAAGAGCAGAUCCCAGACAGAUGAGACCACCACAGUGGUGUCGCAUCCAUCUACAACACACGAGAAUACAGCUGUGUCCACAGCCACAGUAGCUACAUCCGUAUGCAUUACGCCGACCACAACUGUGGCCACACCUCCCAACACGCCUGUCUCCACACUGGUAUCCCAACCAAAAGCAAACACAAUUGUGACCACACCCAUUACCACAACCGUAUCCCAAGUGGUGCUUAGGCCCGUUACCGGCAAGCCGGCAACCAAAGUGGAGUCCAAGUCCGUAAUCACAGUCGAGUCGACUUCCACAUCGUCAACCCCUCUCUCUAGUCUCAUCCCAUCCUCGACGAGAAUCAACAACAACAACAACAACAACCCAGUUAAGGAGACCAUAACAAGAGUCAAUAGCUCCGCAGCAGCAGUAGAAGAAGAAGCAGCAGCAGCAGCAGCAGCAGCAGCAGUAGCAGCUCCAACUCCAAUUACAGUGGAAUUGGCGCCGUCAUCCAAGCCGCUGCCGCCCACCUAUCGCUACUCCGGACCGCCGAGCAUUAACUUUGCCACGUGGAGCGAGCGACCCAAGUCGCAGGUGGCCAUCAAAAAUGAGGGUGACUACAUCUAUGGCGGUGCCACAACACCAACAAUGAGAGCACCAACAGCAACAGCAGCUGCAACAACAGCAGCAGUACCAGCAAGAACAACAACAUCGCCGCCCGCCAAGCUAACAAUUGAGGUGGCUUCGCCCAUGCUGCGAAUGGGCAUACCACGAAAGGAUUAUCAUGUGCCCAUAACGGUUAAGCCGCUGCGCGAUGCCAGCCAGGAGCGGGAAAGGGAGCAGGAAAGGGAGCAGGAGCGCGAACCCGACUGGGUAAAAGAGCAUCAGCAGCAACAGCAGCAGCAGCAACAGCAGCUCAAGGAGACGGAGCAAAAGGAACCGCAAAUCUUGCGCGAACAGCUAAAACCAUCAACGCUGCCGCGACCAGCGAAAAGUAAUCGUUAUACAAUGCCAGCGAGCAGCAUCCAUAUGCAGCCGAACAGCAUCGGCAGCAUCAGCAUCAGCAGCAGCAACAGCAACUCCCUGGAGAGGCAGCUGAGACAGCAGCAGCCACAUCAGCCGGCAGAGAUGCCAGCAGCACCUUUUGGCCAGAAUACAUUGAGGCGCACGGGCUUCAAGGAGCGCAUGCUGGCCAAGGAGCAGCAGGAGAAGGAGAAGGCGCUAACCAUGCGCGUCUCAGUCAAUGGCACAACAACAGCAGCAGCAACAACAGCAGCGGCAACAACAGCAGCAGCAACAACAGCAGCAGCAACAAGAGCAGCAACAACAGGAGCAGCAACAACAGCAGCAGCAACAAGAGCAGCAACAACAGCAGCAGCAACAACAGCAGCAACAACAGCAGCAGCAACAACAGCAGCAGCAACAAGAGCAGCAACAACAGCAGCAGCAACAACAGCAGCAACAACAGCAUCAACACAAGCAGCAGCAACAACAAAGCCAACAAUCAUGAGAAGCAGCAAACUGGAGCUAAAGCUGCAAACGGAAACGGAAGCAGCAACAGCGCCAUUGCUGCAGGUUAAGCUGCGAUCCACAGUCAACAACAAUGAGGUGGCCCUGAAGUCGGCGGCAACAAGCACGCCCACACCGCCAGCACCACCGCCAGCAAUGCUGGCGAAAGCAAAGCCGCAGAUGCGCAACGGGAAUGGGACGCCAAAUUCACCAGAUCCCCGCUCCCAGCUCCUGGAUGCGAUACGCAACUUCAAGCGCGACGAGUUGAAUCGAGCCUAAAAAGAGAAUUGAGAGCAACAACAAAUAAAUACAGAAAAAAAACAUCAACUAAACAAAUCGCUCGCAAAUUGCAAUUGGCAGAAGAAAAAAAGUUAUAGAAAAAAGAAGAAAGAGAAAAAGGUUCAAAUACAAUUGUAGAAAUUAUAGAAACUGUUCGCGAACAACAACAACAAAAACAAUAAAAACAAAUCAGCAAAUUGGCGAGCGAUUAAUGUUAAUGGAAGUAUGGAAACCGAAACGAAAUGCACAAAGCAAAAGCACAAAAAAAAACAAACAAACAA